UGAGUGUAGUGAAAGCCAUUAACAAAUUAAAUAUCAUCAAUAAUCUCUAUUUAUAUUCCACUUGAAAAUGGAAAUUGGAUACCAAAAUGUUGCUGCAUGCGCAGUAUUCGUACUUGUGAUGGUGAUGGCUGAAAUUGCAGGCAUUUGUGCAAAUUCAAGUACUACUCUGCACUCUCCAUGUCUUGAAAGAGAGAGGCAAGCUCUUUUGAAGUUCAAAGCAUCCCUGAAUGAUUCAUCAAACAUGCUUUCCUCAUGGCAUGGCGAUGACUGCUGCCGAUGGAAAGGGAUCGGUUGUGAUAAUGUUACUGGUCAUGUUGUCAUGCUUGAUCUCACCACUCCUUAUGUGAAAUGCUGGAGACCUAUGUGGGAAGGAGAAUAUUGGUUAACAAGUGAUGAUGAGGACAACUGUUACCUUUUAUACCAACAAUAUUUAGAAGCUACGGAUGUUAAUUCAUCGCUGCUGGAACUGGAAUACUUGACUCACUUGGACUUGACUGGAAAUCGUUUCCAUUGGAGUCCCAUACCCAUGUUCAUUGGUUCUAUGCAACGCCUCAGGUAUUUGUCCCUCUCUUAUGCUCGUUUUGGCGGGAGAAUACCCAGCAAUCUUGGAAAUCUCACCAACCUCCAUUUUCUUGAUCUGAGUCGAAAUGAAUUUUCACGAGACAGCAACAUCAAUUGGAUUUCUCAACUGCCAUUGCUGGAGCACCUCAACAUGAUGGAGUCUUUUAUUUACAAUGAGUAUCAGGUUAAUAUUAUUAAUCUCACCAUCACUGCUCCUAAUCUGCACUUCUUAAGUCUUGCCUACAAUAGACUUAGUGUGUCAAAUUUGGAUGCUUUCCAAAAUGCAACUUCCAUUGAAUUUUUGGACCUUUCUCGGAACCAUUUUGACUCUCUUCCAUCCUGGUUUCACAAGUUUGAGAAACUCAAGCAUCUUUUUCUUUCAUCUAAUAACUUCCAAGGUACAAUUCCCGUUGCUUUACAAAAUAUAACUAGCAUUGAGUCCCUUGACCUUUAUGACAACUCUCUUACUUCAGUUCCAUCUUGGUUUAUUGAGUUAAAGAAACUUGUCUACCUCGAUCUUUCAUUUAAUAAAUUAACAUCUAUGGAAUGUUCCAUUUCAUCCAUUUUGAAAAAUAUGUGUCACCUGAAAACAUUAAAUAUAGGAGGAAACAAACUCCGAAAAGAAUUCAUUGGAAACAGUGAUUUGUCUACCUGCAUUAGACAUGAUUUGGAGAAUCUUGAUUUGAGUGAAAAUGAAUUUAACGAUCAAUUGCCAUCUUGGUUAGGACAACUUAAAAAUCUAGGCAACCUUUAUCUCAAAGAUAAUUUUUUUUAUGGUCCCAUUCCCUCUUCUUUUGGAAAAUUACUGAAAUUGAAAAAUUUAUAUCUGUCCAACAACAAGUUAGAAGGGGGCCUUCCUGAUUUCAUGGUACAACUUGUAAAUUUACAGGUAGUCGAUCUUUCAAAUAAUUCAUUUAAUGGAACGAUUACUCAAAAUCUUGAGCAACUUGUAAAUUUACAAAAUUUUGAUAUCUCAUAUAAUUAUUUAAAGGGAAUUAUUCCUCAAAAUCUUGGACAACUUGUAAAUUUACAAGUUUUUGAUGUCUCAAAUAAUUAUCUAACGGGAUCUAUUCCUUCGAGUCUUGGUCAACUUAUAAAUCUAACCUUCCUUGAUUUGUCAAAUAAUUAUUUAAAAGGAAUCAUCCCUCCAAGUCUUAACCAACUUGUAAAUCUUAAUAGGCUUGAUCUUUCAAGGAAUAAACUAGAUGGGAGAAUUUGUAUUGAUUUUCAAAAACUUGUGAAUCUAUCAUAUUUGGAUCUAUCUUCAAACAAUUUGAAUGGACCCAUUACAGUGGAAGAAAGCAGGCUUUUGGUUCUCUCAGAAAUGUCGGAUUUGAAUCUCUCAAAUAAUCAAAUCAGUGGAUCACUUCCUGAACAUAUUGGUCAUAUAAUGCCCAAUUUGAAUGACUUGAUUCUUGGAAAUAACCUCAUAAAUGGUUCAAUUCCAAAAUCAUUGUGCCAAGUUGAUUAUUUGAGUAUCCUUGACCUUUCAAAGAACAGACUAUCUGGUAAAAUCCCCGAUUGUUGGAAAGAUAAAUAUGUAUGGGAAGAAAUAAAUUUGUCAUCCAACAAACUCUCAGGGGCUGUUCCAAGCUCAUUUGGGAAUCUUUCCACUCUAGCAUGGUUGCAUUUGAACAAUAACAGUCUUCAUGGGGAGUUUCUAGCAUCUAUGAGAAAUUUGCCACAUUUAUUGAUUAUGGAUCUUGGAGAGAAUCAACUUUCUGGCACCAUCUCAUCAUGGAGUGCUAACACAUUUUCUUCACUACAAAUUCUAAGAUUGCGGCAAAACCUGCUGAGUGGUGGCAUUCCUUCACAGAUAUGUGAACUAUCAUCACUUAAAAUCUUGGACCUUUCUCGCAACAAUUUAAAUGGUUCAAUACCUUGGUGCAUAGGCAAUCUUCGAGGAAUGACUCUUGAGGCUUCCACUUUGUCUCCUCCUUCCACUCUAGCCAAAGGUAUCUCUUUUCGUCGUGCACGAGUACAUGAUUGGGAAACUGAGGAUGUGGUAGAAGUCAUGAAAGGAAGAGAACUUGACUAUAUAAAAAUCUUGAAGCUUGUAGUCAUGAUGGACUUGUCCGAGAAUAAUUUGGUUGGCUCCAUUCCAAAAGGAAUAACAUUGCUAAAUGGUUUGCAUAGCUUGAAUCUAUCAAACAAUCAUUUGAUCGGAAAGAUCCCUAACAUGAUAAGGGAUAUGAGAUCACUUGAAUCCUUUGAUAUUUCAAGUAACCAACUCUCGGGUACAAUUCCAAGCAGCAUGUCAGCCUUAACAUCACUAACUCAUUUAAACUUGUCAUACAAUAACUUCUCUGGACCAAUUCCCACAGAUAACCAGUUUUUAACUUAUGAUUCAUCAAGUUAUGCUGGAAACCCAUAUCUUUGCGGAUCUCCUUUACCCAACAAAUGUGGUCCACAUCAAGUUCCUGGGAGCAGUGAAUUUGAAGAUGAAGACAGCAAAACAGAUAAGUUGGAAAAGUGGUUGUUUUACUUUGUUAUUGCAAUUGGCUUUGCAACUGGGUUUUGGGGAGUUAUUGGGACUUUGUGGUUUAAGAAAACUUGGAGGCAUGCUUACUUCAGAUGGGUGGAAGAUUUAGCCGACUCGAUCUAUGUCACAACUGCAAUAAGAAUGGCGAAAUUGAAGAAGUGGAUGAUCAAGAGAAACCGUGUUGUUGUUUGA